AUGCGUCUUUCCCGCCGCUUGGUCGACCAUAGACCCACCCCACGGGGCACAUGGUACCUGGUGUACGAAUGUGUUCAUCUCAACUUGACCGGACGUUCACAGUUUUCUUUUGUUUUAGUCUCCUGGUAUAAGCGCCGGCGUUGAAACGCGCUGUCCAGCGACCAUUGUAACGUCCUAUUUUGUUUGCUAACGUGCGGGGACCAAGUGUAAUUCAUUUCCGUCAUGGUUCGAGCUCAAAGGGGUAAACAGCUACGGAGACCAAAAAAGACAGAGCAAUACGACGAAGAUGACCCUGAAGCCUACAAGAACAUGCCUGUCCCUGAUAAGAAAUCAUCCCAGUACACAAAUGACAAAAUCGAUGAGUUUCACAAUGAGAAGAUUGCCAAACUUCUCGCUCGUGGUGUUCAAAUGGAGAGUGAAACGGAGGAAAUGGACGAUGAGGAGGAAGUGAUGGCUCUGGACGAUUCUGAGACAGAGGAUGAGGAGGAAGAGGAAGAAGAGAAUGAGGAAGAGGGAACAGACAUGGAGAGUGAUCUAGAAGGGAAAAAAGAUGAAGACCUUCCAAAUGAAAUGGCAUGGGGCAGGAAGAAGAAGAUGUUCUACGACUCUGAUUAUGUGACCACCAAAGGGAAAUCCCAAGAAGAUUUGGAAGCUGAGGAACGAGAGGAAGAAGAAGAGGCUAAAAAUAUCCAAAAACGUCUCGCUGCAAAUCUGAGCGAGGAGGAUUAUGACUUAAACUUUUUUCAGGAAUUUACUGUAGAGGAGGAGGAUGAAAAGAAGACUGUAGGAAAAGAGGAGAGGAUUGUGAAAGACCUGAAGCAGAUGUCUCAGAAGGAAAAAAUGAAACUUCUGAAGAAGGAAUCACCAGAGCUGCUUGAACUUAUUCAGGACUUCAAGGCAAAGCUUACUGAACUGAAGAAUGAGCUCCAGCCCCUGAUGCAGAUGGUCAAGGAUGGAAAGAUUCCACCAGGAAAGGGUGCCGACUACCUCAAGACAAAACAGCAACUUUAUCUCAAUUACUGCACAAACAUCAGUUUUUACUUGGUGCUGAAAGCAAAACGAAUCCCUGCUCAUAACCACCCUGUGAUUGAAAGACUGCUCACCUACAGAAAUCUCAUCAAUGAACUAGGAGCAGUGGACACUCGGCUUGUGCCGGAGUUUCGCAGGCUAUUAGCUGGUGAGGAGACAGGUAAGCCCCCCGGGAAGCCAGCAGAGGGCAUGAAGACCAGGGUCUCCAAUACGAAGGAAGAGGAUUCUGGAGAAACCAUGCCCGAGGUCCAAGAGGACUCAGACUCUGACCUGGACGAGGAAGCGGCUUUGCGUUUCUACAGAGACGUGGAGGAGCGGUUGAAAUUGAAGAGAAAGCGCAAUGACGCGAAAGCUGAAGAGUUGGUGGAGAAUGACAAUGAGGAGGAAGAGCUGGAUUCAGAUGCUAAGAGAGGAAUCACUUACCAGAUGGCCAAGAACAAGGGGCUCACACCAAAGAGGAAGAAAAUUGACCGUAAUCCCAGAGUCAAGCACAGAGAGAAGUUCAGACGGGCCAAAAUCCGCAGAAAGGGACAGGUCCGUGAGGUUCGUCGAGAGGAGACACGGUACAGCGGAGAGCUGUCUGGUAUUCGUGCUGGUGUCAAGAAGAGCGUCAAAUUUAAGUAACCAAGAGAGAAUCCAAAAUAUGCUGCCAAGUGUGGCCAUGGGAUUGAAAAAAUACCAAUGGACUGUACUUGUACAUGUUUAUUAUAGAUGACCCUUGUAGUAAAGCAUAUCACUGAA